CACCUGUACCCCUUCGUGAUCGCGGAGAGCGAGGCGCCCGAGGAGGACGGCGGCGAGGUGUCGGAGCUGCGGCCGCGGGGCCGGGAGAAGGUGCGGAGAAGCGCGUCGAGGGACCGGCUGGAUGACAUCGUCCUGCUGACGAAGGAUAUCCAGGAAGGGGACACGCUGAACGCCAUCGCGCUCCAGUAUUGCUGCUCGGUCGCAGAUAUCAAGAGAGUUAACAAUCUUAUCAAUGAUCAAGACUUUUUUGCCCUGAGGUCUGUGAGAAUUCCAGUGAAAAAGUUCAGCGUGUUGACUGAAACACAUGUCUCUCCAAAAGGAAGACCAGUCCUUCGGCCUGCUCACUGCUCCUCAGAACCGCAGGAAACGCCGCCUUCUGACAAAUUCUCCCCUAAUGAGAGUGCUGGCAGCUUCUUAAAAGAAGUGGAUCGAGAUAUAGAAGAAAUAGUGAAGUGUAAUGAUACAAAGAGAGAGAAUCUUAAUGAAGUUGUUUCUGCCUUAGCAGCCCAACAGGUCUGCUUUGAAACUGAUGGUAAAACUAAAAAAUGCAAGGAUCCCUACUACGGAGCAGAUUGGGGCAUAGGAUGGUGGACAGCUGUAGUGAUUAUGCUGAUUAUUGGCAUAGUAACUCCAGUUUUUUAUCUCCUGUAUUACGAAGUUCUAGUGAAAGCAGAUGUCAGUCACCAUUCCACAAUGGAAUCUUCCCAUUUGUUUGUCACAGCAGCAUCGCAUCAGAAGCAAAUAGAAAAUGGAAUAAAUCCAGCAAAUAUUUUGAAUGUCGAUAAUCAAGGAGACCUUCAGCCUUAACAACAGAAAACCCCAGGCAACUGUUACUCCUAGACACGUAACAUAGCAUUAGAUAAGGGGAAACCACAGAACACAUAAUGCAUCUGGAACGCAGAGAAAAUGUGUCCUGAUGUGUGACUUGCCUUUAUGGGCAGCACUCAAUACGAGGGUGUGUCUGUGGAGCAUGUAAUCUCUGAAUAUGCCUGAGACAGGUGAUUUUAAUACAAGGUUGGGAUACAAAUUUAGGUAUAAAAUUGCCUCUGAAGCUUUGCACUUUUUUCUAUUUUGAUAGGAAUAUGUUUUUUAAUUAAAAAUUAGAUGAAAAAUAUGUAGUUUGAGCUAACACAUGAGGAGUCUCACUGUAUGUUUUACAGCCCUAAAAUGGGCAUUUGGGGAUAUCUAACUUCUAAACAUCUUAAAGUAUUUAUAGAAUGCAUAAGACACUUGACAUUUUAAUAUCAAGUUUACAGUUGUCAGUUAAAACUGUGUUCUCAUAAUUUUAUCUUUCUUAUAGAGUAAGGGUUUGGGUUUUUUUUAAGAAAACCCAAUCAUUCCAUAAUUAAUUGCCACUAUGAAGGUCUUUUUUUUUUUUUUUU